UACUGCAUAAAAAAUCAGAAGCAUCUUUUUAUGUUAAAACCAGAGCAGUUUUCCUAUAAAUGAAUGUUUGAUAUUCAAGAAGAAGAACACAGUGAUGGUGACAUUCUCGGUCGGUGGAUGCGACGACGGUGAAGGACCUAGCAACCCCAACCAGAAGCGCCGAAGGGUAGACGACGGAGAAGAAACAUCAUCUACAAGAGAAGAAGAAAAUCCACAACCACAAGCAGGGUUCGAAAUGGAAAAUCCCCCAAUUGGAACCCUAGAAAACGAAGGAACAUCUGGAUCCAACGUAGAACAAAAUAGCGAUUUGGGUAAGAACGUAUGUGCCAUCAUUUCUGACCCUGAUGUUCUUGAUUGCUUCAUUUGCUCUGAGCCUUUGACGAUUCCUAUAUUCCAGUGUGAGAAUGGGCAUAUUGCUUGCUCUAAAUGUUGUGGGGAACUUAGGAACAAAUGUCCCUUGUGCUUAAUGCCUAUUGGGUACAAUCGUUGCCGUGCUGUGGAGAAGUUGUUGGAAUCGAUUAAAAUAUCAUGCCCGAAUGCAAAAUACGGCUGCAAAGAAAUGUUUAGUUGCAAUUUGAAAAGUAGCCACGAGAAGGACUGUGUAUAUAUACCAUGUAAGUGUCCACAUACAGGUUGCAACUUUCUUGCAUCAUCCAAAGAGUUAGCUCUCCACUUCAGCCAUAGACAUGUAGGCUUUGGAAUACAGUUUACAUAUGACAAAUUUAUAUCCGUCUCGUUAAAUACUCGCCAGAAAGAAAUUGUUCUUGUAGAUCAAAAUGAUGCAAGACUGUUUAUUGUUCACAAUUACCUCGUGGAUCUGGGAAAUAUAGUCCAGGUUAGUUGCCUUGGCCCCAAUUUGAAAAUGGAUAUUCAUUAUGAUGUCUUGGCUAGGUCUCAGGGGAGCACAUUAAUAUUGCAAUCUACUACGAAGACCAUUCAAGAGAACAAUGGUUGUGCUCCUACAACUAACUUUCUGUUGAUACCUUCGGAUCAUUUUGGUUUUGGACAACUCAAAUUGGAUAUUCGUAUAAAGCCUCCUAAAACCAUAGCUGAAGAUUGAAAGGUAUUAUAACUUUGUUGAUUGCUAAAUUCAGGUUUUUCACAUUGAACCAUUAUCUCAAUGUCAGACACAAUAGAAUGUGACAACUCUCAAGAAAGAUGCUGAUGAUGUUGUAUUUGACUAUAGUUGAAGGGAAAUGAAAAAAAUGCUUUUGUUGUUGUAUUUGACUAUAGUUUAAGGUUAUCAAGUGAAUAUGUAUCAUGUGAAAAAUCCAAUUAUCUUGAAUCUAUGUUGAAUAUUAGUUUA